UUAAGACCUUGAAACCCUUGUCGUGCUCCUCCGCCACCUAACAACCAAUGGGAGCACUUGAUCUUUCUCUCUCACAGAGUCUCUUCUUCUCUCCGUCACGCUCCUAUCCUCCCUCCUCAACACACCGCUCCGUCUCUUUCUUGCCGCCGGGAAGCAAGUCACGGUGUCUGCCUCCCUUGCGUUCAAUGAGCAGCCACGAUGACGAGACUGCCUCCAAGGAGGUGAAGCUAUGGGGUGGAAGGUUCGAAGAGAGUGUCACAGAGAAAGUGGAGAAGUUCACUGAGUCCAUUUCUUUUGACAAAGUUCUCUACAAGCAGGACAUCAUGGGUAGCAAAGCUCAUGCAACAAUGCUCGCUCACCAGGGACUUAUAACUGAUUCCGACAGAGAUAGCAUUUUGCAAGGUCUUGAUGAUAUUGAGAGAAAGAUUGAAAGAGAUGAAUUUGAGUGGAGGACUGAUCGAGAGGAUGUGCACAUGAACAUUGAAGCUGCUCUUACUGAUCUAAUUGGUGAACCUGCUAAGAAGCUUCACACAGCACGAAGCAGAAACGACCAGGUUGCUACUGAUUUCAGGCUUUGGUGUCGUGAUGCUAUCGAUACAAUCAUUGUCAAAAUCAAACAUCUUCAGACAGCUCUAGUUCAGCUUGCUUUGAAGAACGAGGGUUUGAUUGUUCCUGGUUAUACUCAUCUUCAGAGGGCUCAGCCUGUUUUGCUCCCACAUGUUCUCUUAACUUAUGUAGAGCAGCUUGAACGUGAUGCUGGUCGUUAUAUUGACUGUAGAGAGAGGCUAAAUUACUGUCCCCUAGGAGCUUGUGCUUUGGCUGGAACUGGUCUACCUAUUGAUAGGUUCAUGACAGCAAGUGCCCUUGGAUUUACUGAACCAAUGAGAAACAGCAUUGAUGCAGUAUCAGACCGAGAUUUCGUGUUGGAGUUUCUAUAUGCAAACUCCAACACAGCCAUUCAUCUAUCACGGCUUGGAGAAGAGUGGGUACUCUGGGCCUCUGAGGAGUUUGGUUUCAUGACUCCAAGCGAUUCCGUAUCAACCGGAAGCAGUAUAAUGCCGCAGAAGAAGAAUCCAGACCCGAUGGAGCUUGUCAGAGGAAAAUCUGCUCGAGUCAUAGGUGAUCUGGUCACUGUCCUAACACUGUGCAAGGGACUUCCUCUUGCUUACAACCGUGAUUUUCAAGAAGAUAAAGAACCUAUGUUCGACAGCACCAAGACAAUAAUGGGAAUGAUCGAUGUUUCUGCGGAGUUUGCACAGAAUGUCACAUUCAACCAAGACAGGAUUAAGAAGAGUCUCCCUGCUGGACACCUUGAUGCUACUACUCUUGCUGAUUACCUUGUGAAGAAGGGGAUGCCUUUUAGGUCAUCUCACGAUGUUGUUGGGAAACUAGUUGGAGUAUGUGUCUCAAGAGGAUGUGAACUCCAGAACCUAAGUCUUGAAGAGAUGAAGAAGCUGAGUCCUGUGUUUGAAGAAGAUGUGUUUGGGUUUUUGGGAGUCGAAAACUCAGUUAAUAAGUUCAGUUCCUAUGGGUCAACUGGAUCAAACUGUGUCGCUGAGCAGCUCGGCUACUGGGUCAACAAGCUGAAGAUUACUAGCACCUGAGUUGGACCAAACCAUCAGGCUAAUUGUUUCAGCGGUUUGAGGAAGACAGGUAACAUUGGGAGUUCCUUCUCUAGCCAAACCCCAGCAAAAAAUAAAGCUUUGUUGAAGUUUCUUAGUAUCUGAAACCGAGAUUUUUGUUCAAGUUCUGUGAUUCGUAAUAUCCCAAAUACAUUUGUACGUUUUUAUAUUCUACAAGGGUAAGAAGAUUUAACUUAAC